AAAAAUUACAGCUUCGCGUAUAGUACUCCAUUUCUCCGGGACACAUUUUUUUUUUCCUUCUUUCUGAGAAAAUUGGCUAAUUGCCAUUGGAAAACUUAGAGAAAUCAUCAGCACGUACUUCUUGUACAACAUAUUCUUGUUUGGAAAAAGACAAUGAAGGUGAUAGACAAGAUUCGGGAAGCACUCGCCGACGAAAACAAGGCCGUUUCCGGCGUUUUCUCCUUCGAAUUCUACCCGCCGAAAACCAAAUCCGGCGUGGAUGAUCUGUUCGACAGAAUGCAAAGGCUAGUAGCAACUGGACCGUUGUUCUGCGAUAUCACCUGGGGCGCCGGAGGAUCCACGGCCGACAUGACGCUGGAAAUCGCAAAUCGGAUGCAAAACAAGGUCGGGAUCGAAACGAUGAUGCACUUGACCUGUACCAAUAUGCCUCCGGAGAAGAUCGAUCACGCCCUCGAUGCUAUCAAGAGCAUGGGGAUCCAAAAUGUGUUGGCUCUUCGGGGCGACCCACCCCGGGGUCAAUCCGAUUUCGUCCCGAUUGAAGGCGGGUUCGAUUCGGGCCUCGCCCUCGUCAACCACAUCAGAUCCAAACACGGAAACCAUUUCGGAAUCGCGGUUGCGGGUUACCCAGAGGCUCAUCCGAAUGUUAUACCCGAAAAUGGAAUAGUUCCAUUGGAGGUUUAUCGAAAGGAACUUGAGUACCUCAAAAGAAAAGUUGACGCGGGAGCUGAUCUAAUCAUAACUCAGUUGUUUCUGGAUUCGGAUUUUUUCCUCAAAUUUGUGAAUGAUUGUCGUCAGGUUGGCAUAACUUGUCCGAUUGUUCCCGGGAUUCUGCUGAUGAACAGUUAUAACUCCCUUCGGAUUGCUAAAAUGGUUAAGGUUAAGUUUCCAGGGGAGGUUAUGGCUACGUUGGAGACGAUUAAGGAUGACGAAGAAGCUCUCAGAAACUAUGGAGUUCACUUGAUGACUGAGAUGUGUAAGAAGAUUUUGGGUCACGGGAUUAAGACUUUGCAUUUCUACACGUUAAAUAUGGACAAGUCUGCUCUAGAAGUGUUGAUGAAUCUCGGACUGAUUGAGGAGUCCAGACUUCAGCCAUCACUCCCUUCUUCGGAUGCGACAAAUGAUUCGGCUGUGACAAAAGGAAAUGAUACAUUGGCGUCGAUUCAAGAGGAGCGAAAAGAGACUAACAAAUUAGAAAAGUGAGGAGCAGAAGUGUGUUAAUUUAGUUGCUUGAAUGACUUGGAUUACAAAGAUGUCCAUUGUACACGAAUAAAAGAUGUUAGAGAAGUCGCAGGAAGUAGUAUUAUUAAGUGAUGGCGUUAUUAGGCCUUUGUUUGGAGCUUUCCUUGAUGUGCCAGCAAAAAAUAGUGUGGAUUCUGCUCCACGAAUUUGUAAUAGCAAUAUCAUGCAAAACCAAUUAAUUGCGAA